AUGAAAAGCAGCGACAUUCAGGCAGUGGAAAGUAGCCAAAACGAGGUGACGCGGGAGCUAAUAGCGCAAGAUGAAGCUAUGCGAAAUAACUGGUGCUCGUUGGUCGUAAAGGUGUUGAUAGCGGGCCAUUGCGUCGUUGGUUUUUCUCGUAAAUUUAUGGCUGAGGAUGAAAAAACGUUUCUUUGUGGCUAUCGAAAGAUACCUCGUUACGGAACAACCGCUGGAGUUCCUCAUUCCUCUCCGCGAACGAUUAAAUACAAAGUAGAACCAACCGACACACUUGCCGGCAUCGCUUUGAAGUUCGGGACCUCGAUGACCGAAAUUAAACGAGUCAACCGGUUGUGGUCCCAGGAAAGCAUGUAUCUGCAUGAAUACUUAGACAUUCCAGUGAGCGAUUACGAACAUUAUCUCGAAGAUACAGAAAUUUGUGCGACUACAGCUGCAGAACGUAAAUCUUCUUUCUGUUCCACUUCUUUCGAAGAUAAAACUGCGAUACCAUUGCAAUGCAUAAAGUCGAAGAAACCGAAGAGACGAAGCACAGAAGGCACAUCGACGGUCGCUUACCCGUCAGCAGGUGAAUUUUUCGAAAAGAUUGAUUCUUGCAUUAGGCAGAUCACGAACAACGUGAAGCACAUGGAAGAAAAUUUUGAAACGCUUUCGUAG